AUGACACAACGCAAAGGCGAGAAGACCACCAUCAGCAUCCAGGAGCACAUGGCCAUUGAUGUGUGCCCUGGCCCCAUCCAGCCCAUCAAGCAGAUCUCUGACUACUUCCCCCGCUACCCGCGGGGUCUCCCCCCCACAGUACCCCCCGCCCUCAUCCGGGCCAGCUCGCUGCGCUCCUCCUCGGCCAGCCAGAACUCUGGGGAUGACCCGGCAUGCUCCCACACCGAUGACGACCCGGGCCGGGCCUUUGGCGGCGCUGCCGCCGCCCUGUCACACGCAGCAACCGGCAAGAAGGAGGAGGAGCCGGACAUGGAAGGCUAUGACUCUGACGACUCAACUACGUUGGGGACCCUGGACUUCAGUUUACUAUAUGACCAGGAGAACAAUGCUCUGCACUGUACCAUCAACAAAGCCAAGGGGCUCAAACCCAUGGACCACAACGGGCUCUCAGAUCCGUAUGUCAAACUGCACCUACUGCCUGGGGCCAGUAAGGCCAAUAAACUUCGCACCAAGACCCUGCGCAACACCCUCAACCCUGUCUGGAGUGAGACCCUGACCUACUACGGCAUCACCGAUGAGGAUAUGGUCCGCAAAACACUCAGGAUUUCAGUGUGUGACGAGGACAAGUUCCGCCACAAUGAGUUCAUCGGUGAGACGCGCAUCCCCCUCAAGAAACUCAAGCCCAACCAGACCAAGAACUUCUACAACUGCCUGGAGAAACAGCUACCUAUUGACAAGACAGACGACAAGUCCCUGGAGGAACGAGGGCGCAUCAUGAUCUCCCUCAAGUACAGCUCCCAGAAGUCUGGCCUGGUGGUGGGCAUCGUCCGCUGUGCCCACCUCGCCGCCAUGGACGCAAACGGCUUCUCAGACCCCUAUGUCAAAACGUACCUGAAGCCUGACGAGAACAAAAAGUCAAAACACAAGACUGCUGUCAAGAAGAAGACCCUCAACCCAGAGUUUAACGAGGAGUUCUUCUACGAAAUCAAAUACGCCGACCUCAGCAAGAAAACCCUGGAGGUAACCGUGUGGGAUUACGACAUCGGCAAGUCCAACGAUUUCAUAGGUGGUGUGUCCCUGGGCAUCAGCGCAAACGGGGAGAGGCUCAAACACUGGUUCGACUGUCUCAAAAACAAGGACAAGAAAAUUGAGCGAUGGCACACACUGACCAACGAACUUCCUGGUACAACAUUCAAUGACUAAUGGCCCCUCCCCACUACCUACUGUGGACAGGAGUUCAGGCUUGAUCGGCUAAUACACACUCCAGCUUUCCCGUUUCCAGAGACGUUUAACAAAUCAAAGCUCUUGUUUCCUGUAUUUCUAUCCUAAGGUUUUGGUCUCAUCCGUUAUCUUCUAUCCCUUUCUGAUAAUGUGCUGUGUCCUUAGGGCUUUGCUGCACAGAACUAGAAUGAGAUGAGAAUCUAUUUCUGUGGUUUGCUGCCCGGCGAUGCAUAUUCACUAGGUUUAUUGGCAGCAGUUUAUUGGCAGAUUGUGGGGAGUGUGCACUUUGUUGAAAUGAAAAGAGAAAAGGGUGGAUUAUUUACUUCAGACACUGCUCUAAAAAGUAUAUGUGUUGUUUACAUAUGUGUUGUUUACAGUCUAGGAUGCAGCGCCACACACCUCUGCUGUUCCUCUGAAGUUCAUGUU